AUGUUAUUACUAUUCCCACCUCUCUCUCUCAUCAUUCUUAUUAAUAUUUUGUCUUCAUUUAACCUCUGUAAUUCCGUCUCCAUCGUCCACUUCAUUUUCCCAUAUUCUCACGUGUCUCCUUCUUUCUAUUCUAUCGUGAUGCCCUUUCUUUUCUUAUUGAUUCCUUUCUUUGUUAACCCUGCCUUCCUCCUUUCAAAAUACUCUCUAAUUAUUUCUCUCUCUAUCUUUCUGUCUCUGGUUGGUAUAUCUCUAUAUACUGUCUUAUUUCUUUCUCCAUUCAGAAUAGUCUCUAAUUAUCUCUCUCUCUCUCUCACUUUCUUUCCCCUUUCUCUAAUUAUCUCUUUCUCUCUCACUUCCCCCCCCCCUUGUUGGUAUGUCUCUCGAUAUACUCUCUUCUUUCUUUCUCCAUUCAGAAUAGUCUCUAAUUAUCUCUCUCUCUCUUUCUCUCUCACUUUCUCUCCCCUUGUUGGUAUAAUAGUCUCUAAUUAUCUCUUUCUCUCUCACUCCCCCCCCCUUGUUGGUAUGUCUCUCGAUAUACUCUCUUCUUUCUUUCUCCAUUCAGAAUACAUCUAUCUAUCUAUCUAUCUAUCUAUCUAUCUAUCUAUCUAUCUAUCUAUCUAUCUAUCUAUCUAUCUAAGUUUUUCUCUCUCUUUCUUUCUUAGUUCAUAUUUAUCUAUCUAUCUAUCUAUCUAUCUUCUUCUUUCAUAUCUAUCUCAGCCUUUCAUAUCUAUCUAUCUAUCUAUCUAUCUAUCUAUCUAUCUAUCUAUCUAUCUAUCUAUCUAUCUCUGUUCAUAUCUAUAUCACUCUGUUCAUCUCACUCUGUUCAUCUCACUCUGUUCAUAUCUAUCUAUCUAUCUAUCCCACUUUGUUCAUAUCUAUCUAGCUAUCAAUGUUUUUCUUUCAUUUUCUUUCUUAGUUCAUAUCUAUCUAUCUAUCUAUCUAUCUAUCUAUCUAUCUAUCUAUCUAUCUAUCUAUCUAUCUAUGUUCAUAUCUAUCUCACUGUUCAUCUCACUCUGUUCAUAUCUAUCUAUCUAUCUAUCUAUCUAUCUAUCUAUCUAUCUAUCUAUCUCACUGUUCAUCUCACUCUGUUCAUAUCUAUCUAUCUAUCUAUCUAUCUAUCUAUCUAUCUAUCUAUCUCACUUUGUUCAUAUCUAUCUAGCUAUCAAUGUUUUUCUCUCUUUCGUUCUUAGUUCAUAUCUAUCUAUCUAUCUUUUAUUUUUACAACGAUGCAUUGUCCUAUAUUUUCCAUUACCGAGCAAAAAAGGUUUCGCCAACGUUAAAUCCUAUGGUUUUCUCUCUCUCUCUCUCUCCCUCCCUCUCUCUCUCUCUCUCUCUCUCUCUCUCUAA